AUGGGUGGACCAACCGAAAAGAGACCCCCGGCUGACUGGGACCGCGGCGGCCACGUCGUUGACAGGCUGGCGCAGAUGGAACAGCUGGUAAAGGAGCUCCAAGACCCAAAGACGUCGUCGGGGAGCCACCAGACCCCAUCCUCCUCCUCUCAGAAUCCGGCGACGGUAUCCUCUGAUGCUCAUCCCGCAUCCGUUGCUGACGACCCGGCCAAGCCCUCCCCCGGGACGAAGCCGUACUACUCCGGUGCCGAGUCCGAGGCCACCGUCGGGACCGUCGGUAAGACCACCGCACCCGCUUGCUUUCAACUUGUUACUUCGCCCCCCCCAAAACACCUACGUGAGCUGAUCUUCCCCCGCUCCAAAGGUUCAUGCUCGCUCUUCUCCGCCGAAGGCAUCGCAAAGAUCGACGCUCUCGUCGGCGACAACCGCUUCUCCGUCGCCGUCCAGGGCCUCCUGCAGAGGAUCCGGCGCAUCGCGCCCCCGCCGAACCCCGACCCUCUGGCCUCGUCCGUCACGUAUCCCUUUCCACCCAACAACGUCAUCAUGGAAUGCAUGACCGACUUCUUCCAGACCCUGAACCACGACAUCAAGCUGCUCGACGAGGCCGAGGUCCGCGCCGCCGUGCAGGCGUACAUCUACGGCCGGCCGCCCCCGGGCUCCGGCUGGCGCAUGGCCCUCAACGUCAUCCUGCUGCACACCCUCCGCAAGCGCGACUGGGCGAGCCCGACGGGGGAGUACGACAAGUACCUGCACAACGCCAUGUGCCUCAUCCCCAGCGCCAUCCUCCAGACCCCGAACCCCAUGGCCAUCGGCGCUCUUCUUUCACUCUGCAGCAAAAGACUGACUGGACACCCCCCCCAAAAGUCGUCCUACUUCAUCUUCAAGGCCGAGAACCACACCUCGCUCUCCGUCCUCGCCGUCGCCGUCCAGCACAUCCUCCUCGCCGGCUACCACCACGCCAACCACCCGGCCCUCCCCGCCGCCGACGUCCUCCACCGCCGCCGCCUCUUCUGGCAGGCCUACGUCCUCGACCACGACCUCAUGCUGCGCAUCGGCAAGCCCCCGCUCAUCGCCGACGACUUCCUCCUCGCCCUGCCCGACGAGUUCCCCGCCGACGGCUACGGCGUCUUCUUCUACCCGGGCGACGUCACCCUCAACUACUUCCGCCAGCAGGUCCGCCUCUCCCGCAUCCAGGGCCGCAUCUGCUCCCGCCUCUACUUUAAGCAGCACACCCCUUCGUCGUCGUCCUGGCUCGAGGCCGAGAUCGCCGCCCUCGACGCCGAGCUGCACGAGUGGCGCGAGAGCAUCCCCGCCAUGAUCCGCCCCCAGCCGCCGUCGUCCGGGCUCGUCGACGCCGACUACAGCCGCAUGAUGAGCCUGAGCGUGCUGCACUUUGUCUAUUUCCAGCUCGUCGUCGCCGUCCACUCGGCCGCCUUCCGCACCCGUGCCCUCGACGGCGGCGGCGGCGACGACGACGGGGACGCCGAGAGCCUGCGGCCCAGCAUCGCCGUCUGCGUCAACGCCGCGCGCGGCGCCAUCUCGCUCUUGAACUACCACCAGCUGCAGCAUCCCUUCACCAUAUACCUCCUCUACCAGGUCGCCUGGUGCGUCGACAUCCUCUUCGUCAACAUCCUCGAGCACAAGACGUCGCCCCAGUCCCUCCAGGACCUCGGCCUCAUCCGCCUCGUCCUCUCCUUCUUCGAGCGCUACGACGCCGACCACCAGCGCGUCGCGUCCUACCACAUCAUCAGGGCCCUGUACGACGUCGCGUCGUCCGUGACGUCCAACGCGACCACCCCGCUGCCGGCUCUUCCUCCUAUGAUGGGCACCGACGCCCUCGCGGACUCGAUGCCGAUGCUGUCCAUGUCCGCGUCCGCGUCCGACCUCGACAUGGCCGGGUGGGAGGAGGUGUCCCUGGGCGGCCACGACUGGCUGUCGGCCGGGUUCCUGCAGAUGGCCGACUGGGGCCUCCCUGACGACUCCGCUGCCGCCGACGCGGGCACGGAUGGGGAUCUCGAUUACAUCUGA